UUUAGAUGGUGCAAGCACAGCCCUUGAACGUUUCAGUACCGCCGAAGCAGUGAAGUACCUGCAGUCACUGUCGGACGUUGGCUAAGUAUCAAAACGGGGACGGAUUGUGCCGCGCACUCGGCUCGAUACGUUCCUUCCUCUGGAACCCGCCCAAAUCUUCAGAAUCUAAUUUAGAGAUAAUUGUGUGUGGAAAUUCAGAACCGCCGGGAAGAGUACGGAAGUUCGGUUGCAGAACUCUGAUAUGAAAUGGAUCCAAUUGAAGCAACAAAAGAGCUUUCGUUUCGUGUCGGUUUUUCCGGCCACAGCGGCCAUCUCAGAGUCGAGCCUCUUUCAACUGUGGAGCGCUCCAGCCCUGUUAGAUCGCUCCCGGAUUUCAUACUUCCUCCCGCAUUUCCUAAGGAAACUCCCGAAACAAUAAAGGGCUACAUAGAAGAGACUUAUCUCCAGCCGAGGUUAGACCCUGAUGAAUUUUCCCCUGAAAAAGUGGGAAGACAGUGGGAUUUUGAUUGGUUUGAAAUGGCAAAAGUAUAUUUGGAUCCAUCACAACCAAGAUCAGUUGUGGUUCCCACUUGGGUGUUGCCAUUUGAACGACCAAAGAAGGACGGAACAACUGGAGGGACAUGGGAACCUUGUUCUGUGCAGGUGGAUGUUUCUGAGUUAAAUGUGGAAGCUCAAGAAUCUGGUUCACAGCCACGUGUGCCAGGACCGGCAAAAGAUUUUGUAAGGGGAAGCAUAAAUAAUCGUCCUUUUCGACCUGGUGGUUUGGAUGAUUCCCAAUCUGUUGAUAGAAUUCUUCCUGAUGCAGCUUCAAAUGGUGAGUGGGUUCAAGAAAUUCUAAAUGGUGGUCGUGCUCAAUUCGUUCCCCCUAUUUUAAAGCAAGGAUUGGACCUUGGUGAUCUCAAGGAAUAUCCUAACUCGUGGAACGUUUAUGAGGACCAAAGUUUAUUCAAGACCUCACCAGUUGAAAAUCUGCAGAAAGAAAUGUCUGUACAAUUUGAUGAUUUGUUCAAGAAGGCCUGGGAAGAGGAAGCCAUAGUAUCUGUGGAAGAUGGUGUGUGUUCUGGUGAAUCACCAAAAGCAGAAUCUAUUAAGCUAGAAGUUCAAGUAAAUCAGCUCGAAGGCUAUAGCAUUGCACCUGCAUUGGAAAAAUCUGUGUUGGAUGAAAUUUUGUCCCUUGAUUCUGGAGGAUUGUCAUUAAGAUCCGAUCAAGCUACUGACGAUGGUAGAGAAAAGAAGGAGCAGGCUUGGGUUGUAGUUGGUGGUCGCGAAGAGAUUUCUUUGCACUUCCAUGAGCUUGUACCUGAUAUGGCCCUUGAUUUUCCUUUCGAAUUGGACACUUUUCAAAAGGAGGCUAUAUAUCAUCUUGAAAAAGGGGAUUCUGUAUUUGUUGCUGCACAUACAUCAGCUGGAAAGACUGUUGUUGCGGAGUAUGCAUUUGCGCUAGCCACUAAACACUGUACUAGGGCUGUAUAUACAGCUCCCAUCAAAACCAUCAGUAAUCAGAAGUAUCGGGAUUUUUGUGGGAAAUUUGAUGUUGGACUUUUGACUGGCGAUGUCAGCUUGAGGCCAGAGGCUUCUUGUCUUAUAAUGACAACCGAAAUAUUAAGGUCAAUGCUUUAUCGAGGUGCUGAUAUUAUUCGUGAUAUUGAAUGGGUAAUAUUUGAUGAGGUGCACUAUGUCAAUGAUGUUGAAAGAGGUGUUGUUUGGGAAGAAGUUAUCAUUAUGCUUCCAAGGCAUAUCAAUAUUGUCCUUCUUUCAGCCACGGUUCCAAACACUAUCGAAUUUGCUGACUGGAUUGGUAGGACGAAGCAAAAAAGAAUUCAUGUCACUGGGACUACCAAAAGACCAGUACCUCUGGAGCACUGCAUAUUUUAUUCUGGUGAAUCGUAUAAAAUAUGUGAAAAUGAAAUUUUCUUAUCUCAUGGACUAAAAGCUGCCAAAGAUGCAUCCAAGAAAAAAACUUCAAGUGUUGCUAGCGGAUCCCAUGUUGGGGCUUCAGCAUCAAAUGAUGGAGCAAGGAAUCGAAAAAAUGAAAGCUUUAAUCGAAGCAAACAGAAUAAGCAUUCAGGUUCCCAGAAUUUAGGGAACUUUUCAGGAUCAAGUUGGGGAAAUCAAAAGAAUGGAGAUAGCCAAAACAAUUGGGGAUCAAGGAGAUCAGAUGCUUCUUCGUGGUUGUUACUUAUUAAUAAGCUCUCAAAGAAAUCUCUAUUACCCGUGGUUAUAUUUUGCUUCUCAAAAAAUCGUUGUGAUAAAUCAGCUGAUAGUAUCUACAGUAUUGACCUCACUAGUAGUUCUGAGAAAAGCGAAAUUCGCGUCUUUUGUGACAAAGCCUUUUCGCGUUUAAAGGGAUCUGACAGAACCUUACCCCAGAUUGUUAGAGUUCAAGGACUUCUUCAUAGAGGGAUAGGAGUGCAUCAUGCAGGUCUUCUUCCAAUUGUUAAAGAAGUUGUUGAAAUGCUAUUUUGUCGUGGCGUGAUA